GGGGCAUUUCCAGCAGUCUUUUCUGGGAAUAUCUGCUGCAAUUACCCCCUCAUAUGGCUAGGAACCAAGACUUUGGAAACACCCAGAUUGCACAAUGCCCUGGCCAGAGCUGCCACCCACAGCCCUGGCAGCAAUAAAAAGGAGAAGGAGCAGGAGCAUUGGCAGAGUCCUGCAAGGAGCACAUCCCCAAGGUACAUCAGCUGUUUGCCUGCUGCAGAGAUGGUGCAAGCAACUGUCUUCCUCCUGGUGCUCAGCCUGGCCCUGGGGGCUCACAGCCUCUCUCCAAAAAAGUGCAACCUGAUCGGGCGCUGGGUCAAUGAUCUGGGCUCCACCAUGAGCAUCUCAGCUGUGAAUGGAGAUGGUGUCUUCUCCGGCUCCUACCUCACGGCUGUGUCAGCCACCACGAAUGAGAUCAAGGUGUCACCCCUGCAAGGAACUCUGCAACGCAAAAACCAGAAGGGCCAGCCCACCUUUGGCUUCACCGUCAACUGGAGCUUUUCAGACUCCAUCACCGUUUUCACGGGACAAUGCUUCAUGGACAAGGAUGGAAAGGAGACUUUGAGGACCAUGUGGCUUCUGCGGUCACACGAGGACGACAUUGAAAAUGACUGGAAAGCCACCAGGGUCGGCACCAACAUCUUCACCCGUGUGCAGUCGCAGAAGGAGUGAGAAGGGCAGCAGGGGCGUUCCCAGGCCGGCAGCAACACUGGGGGGGAAGCCCCAUCUCCUGCCCCACCACUUGUUUCUCCCAAUAAAGCUUUGUUGCAAAUCUUUACAGUUUUCUUUCAUGAUGCUAAAAAACAUGGAAUAUGUAAAAAACAUUCUUAAGAAAGUAUGUUCUUUGAUGUUUGAUCUUUGUAUGCUUUCAAGACUGAUCAACAAAAAGGGAGAUUUAAUCCGUGAAACAGAUAGCAGCUAACAAGCUCUAAGUGACAUCUUACAAACUACUUCUUGGUAGAAUUGCCUCGUUAUGGUUUAGGGCUGGACAGGCUUCCAUGAUCUCAGACCUAGAGGGAGGUCAACUAAUCUUGGGAAGAAGGAUGUACCACUGCUAGUGAACCAAAAGAAUACAGCAUUUAGGGGCCACAAGGACAUUUGGCAGAACCCCCAAGAUACGGAAGAAACUAAUAUGGAUAACUCAGCAACUGUGCUGAACCAGCUCCGACUGGGUAGAAAGUGAUUCCGGCAGGGGGAGAUCGUGACCAUCGACUUAUUGCCCACUGAGUCUGGAAACCCACUGACUCAAAAGAAGAGAAAGAGUGAGCCUGCAGACUACUUAGCAGGAGAAAUCAGAGAAUCGCUAAUGAAUAGCAGAUAGAAUACUAACUAGUGGAAGAACUAUGUAACUUGUAGCCAAAGAACAUUAAUGCCUUUGUUUGCUAAAAUGUAUAAACAGGAAAAAGUGCUGAUAGCUGAUGUGCUUGAUUUGUGGAAUACUCCUGAACACCCUGGCUUGUGCAACUCUGAGAUAAAUUAUCAGUGCCUCUG